AUGAUUUGGUCCACCGGAUUAACUAAAUCUCUCUUUAACCAAAUUUCAAGUAGGAAAAAGUUAAUCGUAUCAUCAAUUGUGGUCCCUGUCGUAUCUGUGUCACUAAUCAAUAUCAUACAAUCAAAGAGAACUUACUCUCCUAACAACAUUAUCAUGACUAACAAUACCGUUAACAAUAAGCAUGGAUUUAUUGCACCAGCUAAUACUGUUCCAGAUUGGACAUGGACGCCAAAGCAAAUCCUCGAUGAAACUAAAUCUUAUAUUGAGAAAACAAAUAAAUAUUAUAAUUCCAUUUCUGAAAUCGAAUCUCCAUCAAUUGAAAACCUUAUUAUCCCAUAUAUGAAUUAUGAAAAUAAAAUGGGAUUAUUAAUUAAUCAAUUGACUUUCUUACAACAUGUAUCUGCUGAUAAAAAAAUUAGAGACGCAUCAUUGGAAGCAACUAGAUUAUUGGAAGAUCAUGAUAUUCUAACUUCAUUGAGAUGGGAAAUAUGGGAACAAUUUGAAAAAGUGUGGGAAACUGUUCAAAAUGAUGAUGAUUUUUUGAAAAACCAUCAAUUUGAAACUUAUAAAUUUAUUGAAAAAAUUCACAAAGAUUCCUUACGUAAUGGGUUGAAAUCUGAAAGAAAUUACCAGCUUAAAUAUAUUAAGGGAAAAAUCAGUGCAGAUGCAUUAACUUUCUCAAGUAAUUUAGGUGAACAAAAUGAAUAUGUUAGUUUUACUAAGGAAGAAUUAGAUGGUGUUUCAGAAACAGUAAUGGAUCAAUUUGAAAAAUUUAUUGAUCCAAAAACUAAUGAGAAAAAGUAUAAAGUCACUUUCAAGUAUCCUGAUAUUUUCCCAGUUUUAAAAACUGCCAAAAACCCUAAAACAAGAAAAAUCGCUUUCUUAGGUGAUCAAAAUAAAGUACCAGAAAAUGAGAAAUUGCUAUGUAAUGUAUUGAAAUUGAGGAAGGAAUUGGCGAAUACAUUAGGUUAUUCAACUUACGCUAAUUAUAAUCUUGAUAUUAAAAUGGCUAAAAAUCAAGAAACUGUAUUAAAGUUUUUAAAUGAUUUGAAAGAAAAAUUAAAACCAUUAGCUGAAAAGGAAAUUAAAAUUUUAAAAGAUUUGAAAAAAAAGGAAUGUGAAGAAUUAGGUAUCCCAUAUGAUGGUCACUAUUAUAUUUGGGAUCAUAGAUAUUAUGAUAAUAAGUAUUUAAAGGAUAACUUCAAUGUUGACAUUGAAAAAAUCUCAGAAUAUUAUCCAUUGGAAUCCACUAUCGAUGGAAUGUUAAAAAUUUAUGAAACAGUAUUAAAUUUGAAAUUUAUUGAAGAGACAGAUCCAUUGGCUAAAAAUGUAUGGCAUCCAGAUGUUAAACAAUUAUCUGUUUGGAACAUGGAUGAUAGAGCAAACCCAGCAUUUGUUGGAUGGAUAUAUUUCGAUUUAUAUCCAAGAGAUGGUAAAUACGGACAUGCAGCCAAUUUCGGAAUUGCUUCUUCAUAUAUCACCGAGGAAAAUAAAAGAUCAUAUCCUGUCACUGCCUUAGUUUGUAAUUUCUCCAAACCAACAAAGAAUAAACCUGCUUUAUUAAAGCAUUCUGAAAUUACUACUUUUUUCCAUGAAUUAGGCCAUGGUAUUCAUGAUCUGGUUGGUCAAAAUAAAGCUGCUAGAUUUAAUGGACCUGGAUCUGUCCCAUGGGAUUUUGUUGAAGCACCAUCUCAAAUGUUAGAAUUUUGGACUUGGAAUAAAAAUGAAUUAUUAUCCCUAUCUAAACAUUAUAAGACUGGUGAAAAAAUCCCUGAAGAUUUAUUGGAUUCAUUAAUAUCAACUAAACAUGUAAAUGGUGCACUGUUUGCAUUAAGACAAUUACAUUUUGGUUUAUUUGAUAUGACAGUUCAUACGACAAAGGAUAUAGAAAAUUUAGAUUUGUUAAAAUUAUGGAAUGAAUCAAGAGAAGAGAUUUGUCUAGUUGAGAAUGGAGAAAAUUUUACUAAGGGUUAUAAUUCAUUUGGACAUAUUAUUUCAGAUUCAUAUUCAGCAGGUUAUUAUGGUUAUAUGUGGGCUGAAGUUUUCGCAGCUGAUAUGUAUCAUACUAAAUUUGCUCCAAAUCCAUUAGAUGUCAGCGUCGGUAUCAAAUAUAGAGAUUUGAUUUUGGCAAAGGGUGGCUUAUAUGAAAUAAAUGACAAUUUAUUAGAAUUUUUAGGAAGAGAACCAUCAAACAAACCAUUCUUAAAAGAAUUAGGUUUAUAA